AUGUCAAAUCCAUCAACAUUUAAAACUCUUGAGCGCCAGCGACAUGCCAUUACUCCAUCAAAAACCACUACUCAGUUUCCCAAAUUGGCCAAACUGACGGACCCACAUAUUUUGUCUUUCAAUGAUCUAUUUCCUUCUGGAUCCGCUACUGGCCUUUUGGAGAAAGGUGUGAGGGAUAUUGGCGCCGUCGUUGUCUUUGAUGGCCAAAACGAUACACCUCUCUCUGGUCGCAACAAGCUUGAAUUAUGGGGGGCAAGGGGUGCGAUUACUACUCUUUUGUAUCCAUCUGAAUGCCGCGAGCGAGGUAUAUCUUACAAAUCAAAAAUGCAGAUUCGUAUAAAUUGGCGAGUUAACGGUGGUCCUAUCCAGUCCGAGAUUUGUGGUCUUGGAAGUCUUCCAAUCAUGGUUCGCAGUUUAAAAUGCAAUCUAGAUGGAAAGUCUCCAAGCGAAAUGGUGGCCCAUCAUGAAGAUGCCGAUGAUUUUGGUGGCUAUUUUGUGAUCAAUGGUAUUGAGCGGUUGAUUCGUUUGCUGAUUGUUCCUCGUCGUAACCAUCCAACAGCUAUUAUUCGUCCGUCGUUCCAGAAACGUGGUCCUACCUAUUCCAAGUUUGGUAUCAUUAUGCGUUGUGUGCUUCCUGACCAAAGCGCUCAAACCAUCACAAUGCAUUAUUGCACUGAUGGUGAAGUGACUCUACGUUUUUUCCACAAAAAAAUCGAAUACAUGGUUCCCGUUGUGCUUGUUAUGCGUGCUCUAUGCAAUACUAGCGACUUUGAGAUAUUUGAGCGUAUUAUUAUGGGUGUUUACACCAACACCUUUUUAAUUGAUCGUGUCGAGCUGCUUUUGCGAUCGUUUCGCCGAUACGCUAUAUAUAACUCUACACAGGCUCUUGCCUACAUUGGAAGCAAAUUUGCCGUUAUGCUCGAUUCCCCCGAAGAUCAGCUUGAAGUAGAUGCUGGCUUGGAAUUCUUGAGACGCAUGAUUUUAGUUCAUCUCACUGAUGCCAAAUCAAAGUUUGAUUUGCUCAUAUACAUGCUACAAAAACUCUAUUCUUUAGUUUCUGGCGAUACCGCACCAGACAAUCCCGAUUCUCUUCAAUUUCAAGAAACAUUGCUUGCCGGUCACAUGUUUUCUGCACUUAUUAAAGAAAAGCUGGCUGAUUGGCUUCUUGCUAUAAAAACAACUAUUAACAUGGACAUCAAAAAGCAAAUUUCCAAGUUGGACUUUUCGGACAAGAAAUAUAUUCAAAAGCUUUUUUCCAAAACAUCUGGCAUGUCAGAUAUUGGCAAAAAAAUCGAGUAUUUUUUGGCUACUGGAAAUCUUAUUAGCAGCUCUAAUCUCGAUCUUCAACAAGUGUCUGGAUAUACUAUCAUUGCAGAAAAACUCAAUUUCUAUCGUUAUAUUUCCCAUUUCAGAUCCAUACAUCGUGGUGCUUUUUUUGCAGAACUAAAAACAACUACUGUUCGUAAGCUUUUGCCCGAGUCAUGGGGAUUCUUGUGUCCUGUCCACACACCUGAUGGAUCUCCCUGUGGCUUGCUGAAUCAUUUGAGUCAUACCUGCGAAAUCUUUUUGGAUAAAAUAGAUGUGUCGCAUAUUCCAAGUAUCGUGGCUGCUGCCGAGUUUGACAGUCGUGAAAACAUAGUCAUGACCAUUCAGCUGGACGGAAAAGUGAUUGGUUGGGGCCGUACAUCCGUUGUUCGUAAUAUUGCUCAAACUUUACGAGACUGGAAAAUUCGUGGUAUAAAUAAUGUGCCCUUGAAGCUUGAGAUUGGCUAUGUACCACCUACAAAAGGCGGACAAUAUCCUGGUUUAUUUUUGUUUUCAUCGCCUGCACGUAUGAUUCGGCCUGUCAAGUAUUUGGCUACUGGCGAUACUGAUUUCAUUGGCCCCUUUGAGCAAGUGUAUAUGGAUAUUGCCUGUAUGAAGGAGGAUGUUGUUCCUGGUAUCACUACUCAUCAAGAAUUCAACCCAACAGAUAUGCUCAGUGUGGUUGCCAAUCUAACUCCAUUUUCUGAUUUUAAUCAGUCACCGCGUAACAUGUACCAAUGCCAAAUGGGUAAACAAUCGAUGGGAACCCCAUCACAGUCUCUGCAUCAUCGUACAGAUAACAAGCUAUAUCGUCUUCAAACUGGUCAAAGUCCAAUUGUGCGUCCUAAUCUUCACAACGAUUAUGGAUUGGAUGGUUACCCUAAUGGUAUGAAUGCGGUUGUGUGUGUUAUUUCAUAUACGGGCUACGAUAUGGAGGAUGCUUCGAUUAUUGCCAAAUCAUCACACGAGCGUGGCUAUGGAUAUGGCACAGUGUACAAGGGUGAAUGGGUUGAUCUUUCAGAUUUUCACCGUCAAGGAGAUAUAGUGACGCACUAUUUUGGAUUUGUAGCCUGGAAUGAGAGCGAGCCAAAUCUUUCGGAAAAGGCACUUGCUCGUGCUUUGCAGUUUAUUGAUUUAGACGGAUUGCCGAUUAUCGGUGUUCGAUUGACUCGGGGUGAUCCUAUGUACGCAUUUGUGGAUGAUGUUACUGGUAAAGUGACAGUUAAAGAGUACAAGGGAAUGGAGGAUGCAUAUGUCGAUCAAGUUCGACUGAUUGGUGAUGAUUCUGGAAAGAAACCACUUCAAAAAAUUCAUAUCCGUCUUCGCAUUCCUCGCCCACCCCUCAUUGGCGACAAAUUUUCUUCUCGUCAUGGGCAAAAGGGUGUGAUUUCUCAAAAAUGGCCGUCGAUUGAUAUGCCUUUUUCAGAGAGCGGUAUUAUCCCUGAUGUGAUUAUCAAUCCCCAUGCUUUCCCCUCGCGUAUGACGAUUGGUAUGUUUAUCGAAUCCCUUGCUGGUAAAGCGGGUGCACUUCAUGGGUAUGCUCAAGAUGCAACGCCAUUCAAGUUUAACGAAGAUCAUGCUGCAGGUGACUUUUUCGGUGAAGAGCUUCGUCAAGCAGGAUUCAACUAUCACGGUAACGAACCCAUGUACUCUGGUAUCACUGGACAAGAGUUCAAGGCGGAUAUCUACAUUGGAGUUGUGUAUUAUCAGCGUCUACGUCAUAUGGUGUCUGAUAAGUACCAGGUGCGAACAACAGGUCCAGUGCAUAAUUUAACCCAGCAGCCGGUCAAAGGUCGUAAACGUGCUGGUGGUAUUCGUUUUGGUGAGAUGGAGCGCGACUCACUUCUUGCACACGGUGUUUCGUAUCUUCUUAAAGACAGACUGAUGAAUUGCUCCGAUUAUUCACAGUGCCAUGUAUGUAGUAUUUGUGGAAGUAUUCUUGGGCCCAUACAGCGUCGUGCUGAUCGCAGUGAUGGUCCUGAAAGAUUUGAACCUAUUGGAAGAACUGUUGAGUGUCUGACUUGUAACACCAACAAGGGCAUCGAGGUUAUUGCUAUUCCAUACGUUUUCCGUUAUUUAUGCACGGAGCUUGUUGCCAUGAAUAUUCGUCUACGAUUAGAUAUUCAGCAUCAGAAUUAA